AUGGCGCCGCAAGGUAGCAUCUCGGUAGCAGGUGCAUCGCUGGUCCUGUUGCUAGCGUUGGCGUUGCAGCUCUCGGUCUCGUCACUGUCAGCAGCUGGUGUGGUGGUUCCUCCUCCGCCGCCGGACAACUGCACCCGCAGCUGUGGCAAGGUGGCCGUGCCCUACCCGUUCGGCAUCGGUCCCGGCUGCUACUGGCCGGGCUUCAACCUCACCUGCGUCGGCAACACGCUGCUGAUCGGCGACGGCACCCUCCGCGUCGACCACAUCUGGGCACACAAUUCCACGGUGCGUGUCCUACGCAGCGGCGACAUCAAAGUGCAGGAGGAGGCCAACGGCACGGGCGCCUUCGGCGGCGGCCUCAGGGACGACGGGCCCUUCACGCUGUCCGCCUACACCAGCGAGCUCGUGGUGACCGGCUGCAACGUGGUGGCGACGCUGGUGGAGCAGCACACCAACCUGACCCGGAGCGGCUGCGCUUCCAUCUGCACCAACUCCGCCGACAGCAUGGAGUUUCCCAGCAGCCACAAGGCGUGCAGCUUCGGCAAAGGCUGCUGCCAGGAGGAGAUCAUCUCUCCGUUCCAGCGAAUGAACUUCGACGCGCGGCUCAAAUGGUUCGGGCAGAACCGCACGGUGGACGAGAGGUGGGAGAAGACGCGCGUGUACGUCGCCGAGAAGGGGUGGUACGAUAAGCAGCGGUUGGUCCUGGAAGAAGCGACGGAGGUUCCGGUUCAACUGGACUGGGUGGUCGAGGUUGCCGGGGAGCCGGCGGGUCGUCGCCCCGUUCCCGGUGAUGACUGCCCCUCGUAUGUCAACCGCGACGUCUGCAAGAGCAGGAACAGCUACUGCAUGCCGGGACGGGAGAGAGGCUACUCUUGCUCCUGUUACAUAGGUCACGACGGCAACCCCUACGUCGCCGGCGACGGUGGAUGCAAAGAUGUGGACGAGUGCAAGCAGCCAGAAGAAUACGGCUGCUUCGGCGAGUGCACCAACCUGCCGGGAACGUUCCGCUGCUGGUGCCCUCGGGGAACUCAUGGCAACCACACCGUACUAGGUGGUUGCAUCAAGUCCGCCACAGUUUCAGGUGCUACCAUCGGAAUAGGAGUUGCCAGUGGGGCUGGAGCUAUUAUUUUGAUCCUCAUUGUAUUCCUCUUCACACAAAAGCUUAAGCACCAAAGAAAACAAAUGUUGAAGAAGAAGUUCUUUGAGCAGAAUCGUGGGCGACUAUUGCAGCAAUUGGUAUCUCAAAGAGCUGAUAUUGCAGAAAGAAUGAUUAUAUCCUUGGAGGAGCUAGAGAAGGCAACGAACAAUUUUGACAAAACCCGCGAGCUUGGUGGUGGUGGGCAUGGUACCGUCUACAAAGGGAUUUUAUCAGACCUCCAGGUUGUAGCCAUCAAGAAACCAAAGAUGGUGAUUCAGAAGGAGAUUGACGAGUUCAUCAAUGAGGUUGCUAUCCUAUCACAAAUAAAUCAUAGAAAUGUUGUAAAACUCUAUGGUUGUUGCCUUGAAACGGAAGUCCCCAUGUUGGUCUAUGAGUUCAUAUCCAAUGGAAGUCUUUACGAUCACGUGCACACCCAUGAACCAAAAUCACUGUCAUGGGAUGAUAGGUUGCGAAUAGCAACUGAGACAGCCAAGUCACUAGCCUAUCUUCACAUGACUGUAUCAAUGCCUAUUAUCCAUCGAGAUAUCAAGUCUGCUAACAUACUUCUGGAUGAUACUCUAGCAGCAAAGGUAGCAGAUUUUGGAGCAUCAAGGUACGUUCCGUUGGAUAAAACUGGUGUAACAACAAUAGUACAAGGCACAAGAGGAUAUUUGGACCCUAUGUAUCUAAGCACGGGGAGGCUGACGGAGAAAAGUGAUGUUUACAGCUUUGGUGUCAUGCUUCUAGAACUGCUAACUAGAAAGAAGCCAUUCUCAUAUUUAUCUUCUGAAGGAGAUGGCCUUGUUGGACACUUUUCUACCCUGUUUGCAGAAGGCAAUUUGCCACAGAUACUAGAUCCACAAGUUGUGGAUGAGGGAGGCCAAGAAGUAAAAGAAGUGGCUAAGCUUGCAUUAACAUGCCUAAAAUUAACAGCGGAGGAUCGUCCAACAAUGAGACAUGUGGAGUUGACACUGGAGGGUCUUCAAGCAUUCAAGAGGAAUAUAAUAGAUAAUGUAUUGGUCGAGAGAUCCGAGGACCAUGGUACUGCGACGAGUGGCCCAACUACAGGUCAUCCCAAUAUGAAAGAAUCAAGCAGACAAUAUAGUAUGGAAGAAGAGUUCUUGCUAUCCUCAAGGUAUCCUCGGUAG